GGAAGACGUCAAUGGAUCAGUUUACAUUUUCAGAUUUAUUUGAAUAUUUCCUAAAAUUUUGUUUAUCGCUUGAAAAAAAAAAGAGUAGGUUUUUAAGUCAUCGACCAGAGACCACACUUCCGAGGUGGCCGUCAAGUUGUAGCAGACGAUGUCUGGUGUCCACGGGUUCAAUGAACUUGAUGGAAAGGAAAAGUUAGACUGUGAGCAGACGGCAGCUUCUCGUUGGUUCCUGUGUUGUUCCCCGGCAAGCCUUGUCGCCAAGAAGAUACAAACCUGGUUCCGGUGUAUACGCAAGUCGUCUAUUGGAAGUAUGUCGUCUCUAAACUCGACAACUGCGACAGGAAUGUCUCUUAGCCUAAGAAGGGAGAUAUUUAAACGUUUAGGCUACCCAUCGUUAUCAACAGCUUUCCAGGCAGACUUGGAGAUUCCGUCUGUCCAAGACGUACUGACGAAACAAAAGUUUGCAGCCGAAACAACGGAACAAAAUCACAAGGCCGUCCAUGCAACAGAUGUCCUUACAUUCGCUUACAUUCUAGACUUGAGAAGCCAUGCCGCUAUCUAUAUGGCAAGAUGGCGGUUUGCAGACGAUCAAUGGCUGUGGGUGAAAUGCAGUAGAAAGGGCGACAAGUCAAAAGACAUCCUACAAAAGGAAAUGAAAAUCUGGUCGUACAUCGAGGGGAGACCAUUCUUUCUGAAACUCAUCACAGCCUUCCAAACUGACUCAGGUUAUUACCUUGUUACGCCAUAUGAAGGUCGAUGCACUUUAAACUAUAUCAACAAAGUUCAAGGGUCACUGAAUGUGAAUAACGUCAUGUUUUAUGUGCUGGAACUGGUCCACGCUUUGAUCUACCUCCACGAACAUGAUGUUAUAGUCAGGAAUAUCAACACGAACAGUGUCAUGGUGGACCACCAGGGGCAUGUACUUCUGCAAGACUUUUCCCUGGGGGAGUUUGGAGCUUCAUCCCGGAUGAAAGACUUCGACACGGUGCCUGUCUUUUAUUUAGCGCCGGAGAUAAUUAAGUAUGACACUUACAGCAAGGCGAUUGACUGGUGGGCGCUUGGCAUCACAAUAUACAGUUUAAUGUACGGACAGGAACCUUUCCGAGACAGCAACACAUUUAAAACAAUCUCCUGCAUCCUGACCAAGGAGCCGGAGUACCCACAGAAGCUGAACGGUACCAAACUCAUCGCCUUAUGUAAGGAUCUUCUGAUCAAGCGUCAAGAGCAUAGACUAGGCAGUGGACCUCUGGGCAGUCUAUUUGUUAUUAACCAUCCUUGUUUGGUGGACGUGGACUGGACUAAGCUGUCUGCUCGGAAAUUUCGUCCUCCGUUUCUUCCCCCAGAAAACAUUCAGUUGAAACAGAAACCAAAAGACGCUGACAACCUGACUCUGUCGACCUCCAAGUCGUCCUUAUCUGAAUUCCAGUGGUCGGGAGAUCAAGGACUGGCUCAAGAGAAAACCGCUCUGAAUUACCUCCCAUUCGGAUUAUCGACAAGUUUCCCAAAGCAAGAGAUCGGCGCCAGGAGGUGGUGCUCUAGCUCCAACUUAUCCCAGUUCGUGGAUGUGUCCUCGAGGAACAUCCAUAGGCAGACAUUCAUUCAUGACACUAUAAAGGACUUAGAGGCCAUCAGAUCACAGAAUAGCUACUUAGACAACAUGCAGAGGCGGGGCAAAGCCUCGGAAUGGCACAGCCAUGAUGUCUCAGUAUUCAGAAAUACGAAUCUCAACCAUGGGCCUCUGGACGAGCCCAGUGAUGCGGAUAGCCAGUCUUGGUUUUGGAUGGGCGCAAUGCUCCACGAGAGAAUGAAUGCGGGUUUAAAAGGUCAAAGUUGUGAGCAGGCGUUGGGGGCAGGGGAUGGCGCGGCUGCGGAAGGAGGAGACCGUGCGGCGCCAGCAGAGGCCGGGCUUGAAUGUUUGAGCUGCUCGGCGGAAGAGAGCCGUGAUCUAAACCGGAGCAGCAUUGCCGAAUGCCGCAACGAGAAUGGAUUGAGAGAGGCGGAGAGCGGGCAGUGUGAUGGGAGCAUACCCUGCGACUGCGUCUUCCACAUUUUGUUUGAGUGGACGCCGAGUGACAAAAUGAGCGAGCGCGUCGUCUACAGUCGAAACUGCACUAGCCAUGCUGCUGUGAAUGACUUGAACACUGGCUGCGGCCAUGCUGCUGUGAAUGACUUGAACACUGGCUGCGGCCAUGCUGCUUCAAAUAACUUGAACACUGGCUAUAGCCAUGCUGCUAUGAAUGACGAAAACACUGGCUGCUGCCAUGCUGCUACGAAUGACUUAAAUACUGGCUCCAGCCAUGCUGCUGUGAAUGACUUAAACACUGGCUGUGGCCAUGCUGCUGUGAAUGACUUAAACACUGGCUCCAGCCAUGCUGCUGUGAAUGACUUAAACACAGGCUCCAGCCUUGCUGCUGUGAAUGACUUAAACACUGGUUGCGGCCAUGCUGCUGUGAAUGACUUAAACACUUGCUCCAGCCAUGCUGCGCUGAAUGACACUGACACCAGCCAUGCUGCAUUUGCUGAUCAAAAUAACAGUGGACUUGUGCAAGACGGUGACAACGAGGUCGCCGCCAAAGAAAACGACCAGGAACAAUGUGAUAGCGUAUCCCUUCUGGAUUCAACUAGAAAACGAGGCAAUAUUAACCUAGAAAACCCAAGCGCUGGCAAAGAAAUGCUACUUGCAAAAUCGAAAUUAUCAUUCUUCAAUACCGAUUCUUCCGUUUCUUUCGAUGAGGAAAAAUGUGAAUCUGGUAUCGAUCCAUUGCGUCAACACAAUGAUGAUCAUCAAUACCAGCAUAUCGAUACGAAACUGAUAAAAUCCUUAGAUCAACGCAAACUCUUUGAGUCUAAAGAGGUUAAAGAUCUAUGUCUUAGAAAAGACGACGCCUUGAAAUCUGAAACGUCAGAAGCUAAGGCUAACCAGAGUUGUGUCAUCACGGACCUAUAUAAUUUUAGAAAAGACGACGCCUUGAAAUCUGAAACGUCAGAAACUAAGGCUAACCAGAGUUGUGUCAUCACGGACCAAUAUAAUUUCGCUCACACGGACUGUAGUGGUGAGUUGAUGUGUGCCUUUAACCCUUUGACACCGAACACUUGCCAAGAUGUGAAUACUUCGGACUCACCUAAGAGCACAUUUUUGGACUAUGUGACACGCAGGCUCAAAGAUGACCCAACUUGUGCUAGUCCAUCCAACGGACACACCAAACAAAGUACGAACACAUCGGAUUGUCAUCACAGAGAGACACAAAUCCAACAGUGUAGAGCCAACAACCCGACAGAGUAUAGCAGCGACUCCGCUUCAGAGACAGGCAGAAUCGCGUGUGGCGAAGACACGUUUGUGUCAGGUUUUCCCGCAAAGCUCUCUCUCAACGAGGACCACUUCAAAGAUUAUGACAAAUCCUUUAAGAACGCGCUUUUUGGCGGGUCCAAGCACAAUGAAGGCUCGCAUUCUGGACGCAAAACACAUUUUCUAAAACGUCUGAUUUUCGGGAAACGAAGCCAGAAAGACCACAGCUGCAUUCACAGCAAGACGUCCUGUAAAGCCGGCACUCAUAGGGAGACGUCCUGCCAAGCCAGCACUCAUAGGGAGACGUCCUGCCAAGCCUGCACUCACAGCGAGACGUCUUUUGAAAGCGAAACCUUAGAAACAUUUCUAACAAAGUCAAAGUCGAAGAAAAAAUUUGGCUUCCUUAGUAUCAGGCCUCGAGCGGAGUCUGUUCGCGGUACGUGUGACAGAAAGAAUAAUAAAACCAUAACUCGGCCUUCUAAAAAUGAAUACACAGAUGCAGAUUAUUAUCAGAUGAACAGAGAAAAAGAAUGCAUUGACAACUUACUAGGCACAACCUCUAGAUCUACUUGCAACUUGCCAGAAGAAAUGUUACAACAUUUACCCAACGCUGAGAAUGUGAAAGUAGAUUAUUGUGAAGAUUUGAAGUUGACACCUAUCUUUAGCGACAAUGAAAGAUCAAUAACCUCUGACUCCAACAAUCCGAGAUCAAUAAUCUCUGACUCCGAUUGUUUCCAUAAAAAUGAAAUGUUAAUAUGCACGGGAGGACUACCUUUUAAUCAUAUUGAAUUGGAACUUCAAAUGGAACUCGAUCAAACUCUACAAAGGGCACCCAACAAGAGUACUUACGGCUUAGGAAAAAGAAAUGACCAAAAAAUACUGGACACUAACAAGGUAGAUACUACAUUGGAUAAUGUGGAUACACAGGAACAAACAUUAUUCGAGAAAGAGGAAUUAAGUGGACAAACCAUGCUGGAGAAAGAGGACAUAGAUAAACAAACCAUACUGGAGAAAGAGGACCUAAAAGAACAAAUGUUGCUAGACAAAGCAGAUAUAAAUCGACAAAUUCAUUGGGACUCGGUUGAUAAUAAUGGAGAACUUUUAUUUGACAAGCAGACUACAAAUGAGCUAAUUCUUCUAAACUGUGAGCUAAAGGAACUCUCCAGUGAUGGAGUUGAAAGUGUUCAUGAAGAGCGGGAAACGGAGAAAAAAGCCGCAGACGAGGUAAACAGUUUUGGGAGCAAUGAAUGUAAGACUCAGUCAGAUGCUAGUGAAGAUAAUAAUGAGUCUGACUCCAGCCACGACAAUCAUGACUCUGGUUGCAAAGAUGUCAUGAGUCAGUCUGAUUGCAGAGAUGUCAUGAAUCAAUCCGAAAGCAAAGAUGUCAUGAGUCAGUCCGAUUGCAAAGAUGUCAUAAGUCAAUCUGAUCGCAUAGAUGUCAUAAGUCAGUCCGAUCGCAAAGAUAUUAUAACUCAGUCUGAUUGCAAGGAUGUCAUGACUCGGUCCAAUUGCAAAGAUGUUAUGAGUCAGUCUGAUUGCUUUGACGUCAUGAGACAGCCUGAUUGCAAGGAUGUUAUGAUAAAGCCUUAUUGCAAAGAUGUCACGAGUCAGUCUGAUUGCAAUAAAAGUGACAAUGAGCAAGAUCAAUGUGGUACCAGACAGUUUCAAGACCAGAGUACGCUAACCCAGGAUGAAGACAAGAGUCAUUCUGAUUGCAGAGAUGAGCAGAGUCAGACUAAGUGGAAAGAAAGAAACACUCACUCCCAGGAAGGCAAGAGUCAAUGCGCUGACAAACGAGUCGAAAGAUGUUGUGAAGAAAAGACAAACGAACGGGAAGUGAGACUAUUAGACCAUGUUGACGUGGACAAUAUUGACGUGGACAAAGCUGACUUAGACAGUGUUGACUUAGACAAUGUUGACUUAGACAAUGUUGACUUAGACAAUGUUGACUUAGACAAUGUUGACUUAAACAAUGUUGCCGUGGACAAUAUGGGACAAACACAAACAGUUGAGACCCAAAUAGAGCGCCAUCUGGAUAACAUGGACGAUUCAAUUGCCAGCCUGAUUUCGGGUAGCGCCUCCUUCGAGACAGCUGCUAUGACCUUCAACGUUUCUCCAGACAGCACCUCGGGUUCACCAGCCUUUGUGACAGCAGACGCCACCUUCGACUCCGGAGACGACCAUGACCUUAAAGAAAUCUACACUUCUCACUCAACGAUCAAUCCAAAUUCUAAUUUUAUUCCCUACUACAGAUCAACAAGCUCGAAUGAGGGAACCAGCGAGUCUGCAGGAAGAGUGUUACCUCUAGGGUAUGAAAAUAAUGAAUCGUUGGGAUAUGUACAAUCUGAGGCUGAUACGCUUAAUCCACUUUUUGUCAUGAUGAGUGACAAUGGUGAGAAUGGCACUGGUAAGCAUGGCACAGGUUCAGACCUUUUAAUACCAGUCGAUGGUAAACAAGGAGAGGAAACGUCAAAACAUGGACAAGAUGCCAGACUAACAUCUCUGACACAAGAAAACGAUGCGUACGAUCGACCAAACAGUGGAGAGAUAAAUUCAAUGGCAGACGAUAUGACAUUCCCACAGUCCCUUAUCGGGGCGGAUGCCUUAACUUCCGGGGUCACAGAAAAGCAUUUAUUCUCGACAAAUAAUGAAGCACACCAGAAUGAAACUAACGGAGAUAAAUCAAUUUUCUCAUCUCUAUUAGACAAGAGCGGUGGAAGAGUUGGGGAAAUGACGUCAUUGAAAACGGAAACGGGAAACCCCAGAGACGCAGCAGACGACGGCUUGUCUGCUCUAUGGAGAUCUACGCCACACAUAGCUCAGCCAUCCGUUGACGCACCGAUGAUGGCAUUGAGCCGAGCGCGCCAGAUGAUGCGGGAACUGGACGAGAUUACGCCAUAUUCAGAGAGUGAUUUCUGGCGACGCGGUGAGCGACGGCAAUCAAGGUUUAGGCGAGAUGCCCCAGACUUCUUCUCCGGCGGGUUCUAUGGCGACUCCGUGGCCCAGGACCAAGGUCAUUCUGACCAUGGCAUUCAAGUGAUCGGAACACUGACUAUUGAGUACCUCACGCCGCCUGUAAAUGGUUUAAUCUUUGAAAAACGUCUGGAGCUGAGUUGAACAUAGAUCUGGUUCUCGUAAGCAUUCGGGGCUCCCUUCUGCAGCAUCUCAAGAAAUGGGCAAAUGAAAUCCUGAGUACUUUUUCUUCUGUAUGACGUGGGUUGUUCUAGAGAUUAAGUACGGGUUCUAUUCCGGUUACGUGAGAGGGCACACGGGUGUGUCUUUUACAAUAAGAUGAGGUCUGAGAUGGGUCACCAAGUUUGGCCAUCUAUAAUAUAGUACUGUUUUUUUUUUAACUGGGAAAUUAGGGGCUGUUGUGCUGGCCACACAAUGCCCUUGUUAAUAGCAGACGUGGAGGCAUGUGAACCUUGUCUUCCCUUUGGAAUGUUUUACGUAAUGUGCCUUGUAGGAGUGUUUAUUUAAAAGGCCGAUGUAUCUGAGUUUUGUGAGUUGUUGUUUUUUAAAUUGUAUGACAUGUUGAUAAGACGACCAGCGCAGAUAUUUGUUAUAUAUUUAAUAUGUUUCAUAGUAGCCUACUACAAGCCAGCAGCUAUUGUAAUGACCGCAGCACAUGAUGUACAAGGCGGUGAACUGUUCAAUAAUAACAUGUCAUAUACUAAUAGUUAUAAUUCAAGUUUUAAGAAUGGUUUUUGAACCUAUUUUGUUUUUCUGUUCGGAUAAUGUUUCUAUUAAAAUAUGU